ACUGGACCAGAGGAGAACCAGGUGAAAGAGACCCUGGAGUGGUCCCAAGGAGAAUGAUCCCGGACUGGCACAGCUCCUUGAUCCUUACGGCCUACAUCCUCAUCUUCCUCACUGGGCUCCCUGCCAACCUGCUGGCCCUGCGGGCCUUCGUGAGCCGAGUCCGCCAGCCCCAGCCUGCUCCCGUGCACAUCCUCCUGUUGAAUCUGACCCUGGCUGACUUGCUCCUUUUGCUGCUACUGCCCUUCCGGAUCGUGGAAGCAGCGUCUAACUUUCGCUGGUACCUGCCAAAGAUCGUGUGCGCGCUCACGGGCUUCGGCUUCUACAGCAGCAUCUACUGCAGCACGUGGCUGCUGGCAGGCAUCAGCAUGGAACGCUACCUGGGAGUGGCCUUCCCCGUGCAGUACAAGUUAUCCCGCCGGCCCCUGUACGGAGUGAUCGCCGCUCUGGUGGCCUGGAUCAUGUCCUUCGGCCACUGCACCAUCGUCAUCAUCGUUCAGUACCUGAACUCAACCGAGCCAGUGGGCACUGAGAACCAAAUAACCUGCUAUGAGAACUUCACCCAAGAGCAGCUGGAUGUGGUGCUGCCUGUGAGGCUGGAGCUGUGCCUGGUCCUCUUCUUCGUGCCCAUGGCAGUCACCAUCUUCUGCUACUGGCGCUUUGUGUGGAUCAUGCUCACGCAGCCCCAUGUAGGGGCUCAGAGGAGACGCAGGGCGGUCGGCCUGGCUGUGGUGACGCUUCUCAAUUUUCUGCUGUGCUUCGGACCUUACAACGUGUCCCACUUGGUGGGGUUCUACCUGCGGCAGAGCCCUCCGUGGCGAGUGGAGGCUGUGGUAUUCAGCUCCCUCAAUGCCAGCCUGGACCCGCUGCUCUUCUAUUUUUCUUCCUCCGUGGUGCGCAGAGCUUUCGGGAAAAGUUUGCUAGUGUUCCGCAACCCGGGCUCCUCGGUGCUGGGCAGAGGAGCCAAAGAGACAGUGGAGGGGACCAGGAUGGACAAGGGUGGGAGUCAAACAGAGGGGGUGCCGAGCUCCGAUUUCAUCACUGAGUAA